AAAAGGCUACAUCAGAAACUAUUCAGAAAGGACAAGAAGAUUUGGCCUUAAAUCUUGAAAUUAGCGAUCAAAUUCGUAGUAAACAAGUUCAACCUAAAGAUGCCAUGAGAGCUCUUAAGCAGUUUGUUGAUAGUUUACUGGGAAUUGUAAGAUCACCGGCUAGCACAUCUAAUAAUGAUGUCAAAGAAAAACUUCUUGGAUUAAUUCAAACAUGGGCUUUGGCUUUUGAAGGAAAACCUGAACUCGUGUAUGUAACCGAAACGUAUCGACUAUUGAAACAUGAAGGUUAUGUAUUUCCAAAAGUCGAUAAAUCCACAUCAAUUAUGAUGAUUGAUACUGCCACACCACCAGAAUGGUCUGACAGCGAUUUCUGUGUUAGAUGCAGAACUCCAUUUACUUUAUUAAACAGAAAACAUCAUUGUAGAAAUUGUGGUAAAACAUUCUGUGGUGAAUGUUCUUCUAAAUCAACUACAUUGCCUAGCAUUGCUUUAUGUAUUUUCUCAUUAAAUCGGAACAAAAUUUUGAUUAUUUACAGUGCUAGUGUUGAUCUCGCGGAUUCAAAACCUGUUUUAAAUGGUCCAGCUUCAACUUUACAUUCAAAUUCUGCAACAACAAAUGGAAAUGAUACUCAUACAUCUCAAGGAAGCGAUGAAGAGGAUGAGGACUUUAAAAAAGCGAUAGAACUUUCUCUUAAAGAAACUAAAAAUAAUAAAAAUAAUACUCGAGGAGAGGAAGAAAUGGACGAUGAUUUGGCUGCAGCUAUUGCAGCAUCUCUUAAAGACUUAAAGAUCGAUCAAUCCAAAUAUUCAACUCAAACACAAUAUGAUCAUCAAUCAUCAUCAUCUGCCUAUCCUUUUGAUGUGCCAAAGGAUCAAAACGAAUUAUCACAAAUUGAAGCAGAUAACAUUUAUAAAUUCUCAGAUUUACUUGAAAAAAUACAACAAAGUGGCUCAGAUUUGAUAAGAGAUCGACAAGUUCAAGAAUUAUAUGAUAGGAUUGGUGAAUUAAAGCCAAAGCUAACAAAGAACUUGACAGAAACAAUACAAAGGCAUCAGGAUCUCAUGGAAAUGCAUGAAAAAUUAUCUCAAGUUAUCAAAUUAUAUGAUCGACUUUUGGAGGAUAGGAUGUCUAACACAUAUUCACGUCGUACCUCUAACUAUGCUGGUACACAAAGAAUUAUUUCACCAGUAUCAUCCAACGCAGGAAUAGUUUAUCCAUCAAUGCAACAACCAUCAUCAUCUCUUUCUUCAGUUAAUUCGUAUCCUCAAAACCCGACAUAUCCUUUAGCUUCAGCACCUUCACCCUCCUCAGCCUAUAUCUUUGCACAAACACCUCUCACACAAUAUACGCAGCCUAAUGCAUGA